AUGGUGGCUCCGGACCCAGCGCUGCUGCUCACAGUCCAGCUCUGGGUGAAGACUAGCUAUGACUUUUUCGAAGUUGAGUUUGUUUUUCAAUUAGUUUCCAAAACUCUGGCCAUUGGAGCCAUCCCCUCUGACUCUGAGCGGCUGGAGAAUAGAGAGGAGGCCCAGCGGAAGUGCAGCCUCAGAGCACGGACUGCAGAGGCACAGAGAAAGGCGAGGGGCUAUUGCAGUGGUCCCAGCAUCCUCGGAAGGUCCUGCCCAGGUGUCAAGUGCUCAGGCCUGCCACCCAGAGGCGCGGUGCCUUUAGCAGUACGAGCGAGCGACAAGCACAUCCGGUGGCUCCUGGGGGCAGAUGGUGAAGUCUGGGUCUGGAUCAUGGGAGAAGGUCCUGGUGACAAGCCCUACGAAGAGAUCUCUGAGGAGCUGAUUGCACAGAGGGCGAGGCUGCAGGCACAGAGGGAGGCCGAGGAGCUCUGGAGACAGAAGGAGGCAGAAAUCACCAAGAAGUUCCGGGAUGCUCUGGCCAAUGAGAAAGCCCGGAUCCUGGCAGAGAAGUGGAAAGUGGAGAUGGAGGACCGGAAGGCUGCCAAGGUCCUGGAGGAACGCAUCCGUCAGGAGUUCAAGAGGAAAGAGGAAGAGGAGAGGAAGCGAGGAGAGGAGCAGAUUCGCCUCCGGGAAGAGCAGAGGGCCAAGGAACUCUACUGGACCCUGAAGCAGGCCCAGCUGCAGAGCCACGCCAGCGAGAGCGAGGAGCGUGAGUGGGAGGAACAGCUGCGCAGGUCCAAGGCCGCGGACGAAGAGAGGAGCUGCCGAGCUCAGCGCGCCAGGGACGAGUACCGGCGCCACUCCCUCCGCGCCAUCCAGAAGGGCACGGUCGCCGGCCUCAGCUCCAUGUUCCAAGAGCUUGGCCAGAGCCGCGAGCAGGAGGCCAGACUCUACCACCACCUCCCAGGCCCCGGGCUUCCACCACCCCUCGCCAUACCUGUCAGGACCUGGGAGCGCCCACUGAGACCUGUCUCCAGAGAAGUCAUAGUCCGCUGGUUUAAGGAGGAGCAGCUGCCUCGCAGAGCUGGCUUUGAGAGGAACACUGAGUCCAUCGCCCCCUGGUUCCAUGGAAUUAUUAGCCGAGAAGAUGCAGAAGAUCUCCUCGAGAACAUGACGGAGGGAGCAUUUUUGGUCCGGGUCAGUCAGAAAAUCUGGGGCUACACCCUCUCCUAUCGCCUGCAGAAAGGGUUCAAGCACUUUCUUGUGGACGCCUCUGGGGACUUCUACAGCUUCCUGGGAGUGGACCCCAAUCGCCACGCAACACUCACCGAUCUCAUUGAUUUCCACAAGGAGGAAAUUAUCACUGUUUCAGGGGGAGAGCUGCUGCAGGAACCCUGUGGACAGAGGAACAGCCCACCAGACUACCAUCUGUUGUUUGAAUGAUUCCCCCCGCCCCCCUUAUCAGUUGGGCUUCUUUGGGCAUCCAUUUUUUGAACUCAACUUAAGAACUUCCCAGCUCAAAUCCUUAUGGCCCUUCUGGAAGAUCCACCACCAUCCAGAGGAUUCAGUAGAUUAGUAUGUCUCAAGGGAUAUGAAAUAUAUGUGCUAUUAGUCCCCGUCCCAAUGCCCAGGACAGAAAUUGCUAAUAGCUGAUGCAAUUCUUUCAUGAAGAGCUUAGUUAUGACUUCAUGAAGCCUAUUUUCCUUGGCCACCCUAAGCUGAGCCCCUAGAGCACCUGGGUCAUGUUUUAAUAAUCCAAAAUAAUUCCAGGGCCGAACUCUGAAUUUAACCCAUGGUAGACAUUUAAUAAAUGUUUGUUGAAUGAAUGCAA